AUGCUGCCGCAUCUCGUGUCGGAUUACAACGCGCGUAAGCAUCGCACUAUCGGCAUGCGACCCGCUGACGUAACUCCCGCGAUCGCCGAAAGUCUCCUGGGCACGGUGUAUAGUGCGAUAAAGAUCGCGGGUUCAGCAAAAUUCAAAGUAUGCGAUACAGUACGCGUGAGCAAAUUCAAGACAAUAUUUGAAAAAGGUUUCACACCGAACUGGACCACGGAGGUCUUUAAAAUUAUCAAAGUGCAGCAAACUAAUCCAGUGACGUAUCUACUGGAGGAUUCCCGCGGAGAGCUCAUAGCUGGAGGAUUCUACGAAUAUGAACUGCAUCGCGUCGCUAAUCCCGACGUAUACCUUGUUGAAAAAGUGUUGCGCAAAAGAGGAAACGAGGUUUAUGUGAAAUGGUUGGGACUUGACAAAUCACACAAUUCGUGGAUUCAUAAAGACAAUUUAUUAUAA